UGUGACAUCACCAGCCAGCCAGGCCUCGGCACCCAGAGGCCAGAUGCAGACAGACCCACCAUGAGCUCCCCGCCCCCCCACCUCUGCUCACCAUGCGGACGCUGACGUGGGUCUUGUUCCUGCCGCUGUGCCUCUCCUGUGGCUACGCCUUCAUGUUUACCUCCCUGAGAGAGAAAGCCAAAGAACCCCAGGGCAAGGUGCCUUGCGGAGGGCACUUCCGGAUUAGGCAGAACCUACCAGAGCAUGCCCAAGGCUGGCUUGGGAGCAAAUGGCUCUGGCUUUUCUUUGUGGUCAUGCUGUACGCGAUCCUGAAGUUUCGAGGAGAGAGUGAGAAGAGUAAGGAGCAGAAUCCGUCUGGGCUUCGAGGCCGUUCGUUUCGCUCCCCACUAAAGAAAAAUCAAAGUACUUCCCCCAGCAAAGACUAUGCAUUCAGUACCUUAACCCAGCUCGAGGUGGACCUUGUGAAAUUUCUGUCCACGGUGCGCAACCUGAAGGUCAUCGUGGCAGCCGGCGGGAACCCCAAGCUGCGGAACUUGGAGGCGCCUGCAGCCCCUCACAAUAACGUCACCAUCUAUGAGAUCUGGGGCGAAGAAGACUCGGAGUGAGUCGAUUUGUGUGUCAGAGUAGGAGAGAAAAAGUUGAGUGUUGGCAAACCGUAUGCAAACUAAUAAAACUAUUCUGAAGAAAAAGAAUUCUCGAACGUGGCACCUUUUCCCCACCCCCUCGUUCUUUUUCUAAACUAAGAGAAAAUAAUAAAUGUGAGACCAGGGGCCACCACA